CAGAUAAGUAGGUAGUCAGUUAGCUUAGCUAGGAGCUACAGUGUUUACUGUAUGAGUGCGAACUAGCGAUAUAGGUUACUGAACCUAGUUAUUUACAGUACGUCAGGCAGGGUCUUAUAGUGAUAACGUUUCAUCCUCUUGACUGCUCGUAUAGCUAGCUAGUAAGCCACUUAGGUCUUUAUUGCACGUUUUUGUCGCAGGUCAGACAAACACGGUUGUGCUUGCUCGGUCAACAUGAGAUAUAAUAUAUCUGCCAAUACGUUUGUUGUGUUUCAAGGUUGUUAACGUUGGUUGUUAACGUAGUUUGGACCGUAAGGUGGUUUAUUGUAGCUAGCUGAAUCAUGCUCAGUUCAAAUGUUGCCGUGAGGUCAUUGUGACGUAGACAAUUACUUUAUCGCUUGAUGGGAAAGUAGAACACAUUCGGUUUCGCUGGUCACUACUAGCCAGAAGGCUUACUAAUAAAUGAGUGACUAGCACUUCAUUGAGAUGUUUUAGUUGAGGGCAGCGGUGGAGGUGACAAUCUUAUAACUCUCCAACCUCACCAAGACCGACCAUGAAGAGAAGCCGGCAUCCAAGCAGCAGUGAAGACUCAGAUCAUGGAAGUAACUCCACUUCCUGGUCCCAACAUUCUCAACCCAGGAGAGCCAAUGGGAAGAAGCCCUCAGAGGUGUUCCGGACAGAUUUCAUCACAGCCAUGAAGCUACAUGACACAUACCAGUUGAAUCCAGAGGACUACUGUGUCCUGGUGGACCCCUGGAGACAGGAGUGGGAAAAGGGUGUCCAGGUCCCUGUCAGCCCAGACACCAUCCCUCAGCCAGUGGCCCGAAUCAUGGCUGAGAAGGGGACAGAGGUCAUGUUCUCUAGGCCCAAGAAGUUGAUUCGUUCUGGGGGUUCUGAGUCGCUGGGUUAUGUGGCCAUCCAGACGCUGGCUGAGGGGACAUGUCGCUACGACCUCAACGAGACUGACGUGGCCUGGCUGGAACUCGUCAACCACCAGUUCACUCAGAUGGGCAUGGAUCUGCUCAAUGAGGCCACCAUGGAGAGAGUGAUGGAGGAGUUUGAGCGCCGUUGCUACGACGGAAUGAGCCACGCCAUGGCAACAGAGGAGGGGCUUGGCAUCGAGUACGACGAAGACGUCGUGUGUGACGUCUGUCGGUCACCUGACAGCGAGGACAACAACGAGAUGGUUUUCUGUGACAAGUGCAACAUUUGUGUUCACCAGGCGUGCUAUGGGAUCCUGAAGGUGCCGGAGGGGAGCUGGCUGUGUCGACCCUGUGCUCUCGGCAUCACGCCCAAAUGCCAUCUUUGCCCCAAGAAGGGCGGGGCUAUGAAGCCCACCCGGAGCGGAACCAAAUGGGUCCACGUCAGCUGUGCCCUGUGGAUCCCUGAGGUGAGCAUUGGCAACCCAGAGAAGAUGGAGCCUAUAACCAACAUGUCCCAGAUCCCCAGUAACAGAUGGGCUCUAACCUGCUGCCUCUGCAAAGAUGUCACAGGGGCCUGUAUACAGUGUUCAGCCAAGAGCUGUCGGACAGCGUUCCACGUGAGCUGUGCCCUGCAGAGCAGUCUGGAGAUGAACACCAUCCUCACGGAGCAAGACGAGGUCAAGUUCAAAGCCUUCUGCCCUGAGCACUCUGGUCUGGAGGGUGGCGAGGAGGAGCCGGAGGGGGACCGGCACAAGAAGGGGAAGAGGAGAGGAAGAGUCCGAGGCGAUGAAGUUGCACCCCUCCACACACCAACCACCUCACCUGGCCCUGUCCCCGACUCCCAGGGGCAGAGCAGAAUGAAUCAGGAUGUGAACCUCCGUCAGGUCAAACUACAGCAGCUGGAAGAGGAGUUCUACCAGUUUGUUGACGUCACAGAAGUAGCCAAUCACCUACAGUAUUCCCCGGAGACUGUGGACUUUCUGUACCAGUACUGGAAGUUGAAACGCCGAGCCAAUCACAACCAGCCACUCCUCACACCCCAGAAGGAGGAGGAGGACAGCCUGGCGAGACGGGAGCAUGACGUCCUCCUGCGCCGCCUGCAGCUAUUCACUCACCUCCGGCAGGAUCUGGAGAGGGUGCGUAACCUGACUUACAUGGUGACACGGAGAGAGAAGAUUAAGAGGACCCUGUGGCGUGUCCAAGAACAGAUCUUCACACGCCAUGUUCUCCUGCUCGACCAGGAGAUGAUCACGGGUGUGUCUUCAACAGGCUGUCUGAAUGAUAGCGUGUCUCUCAGCUUGGUGUCCUCUCCAGGGACUGUGUGGGGUUUUAGUGGCCUGAAGACCAGGAAGAGAGACCGGGGGAGAGGGGGGCACCGGAGAGGAGUUCUACAUCUACCACAUUACCUAAAUGAGGGGGCAACACAAACCAAGCUGAAAGCAGAGUCCAGUGAUACAGAUAGACACACCAAACUGAAAACCAAGUCCAGGGAGAAAGACAGACACCCCAAAGUAAAAACGGAGGCCAAGGAGAAAGAAAGACACAACAAAAUGAAUACCGACAGAGAUGGGGACAGCAGUACCAGACUAGUGGCCAACGAGGGGGAGGGUCUUACCCAACCAGGGUCUGGUGCAGAAGUGGGUCGUACCCGACUAGGGGGCAUCGAAGGAGAGGUCCGUACCCGACUAGGGGCCAGCGAGGGAGAGGGCUGUACCCAACUAGGUGUUAAAGAGGGAGAGGGCCUAAUCAGAUUAGGGAAUAGCGAGGGAGAGGGUCGUACCCGACUAGGGGCCAGCGAGGGAGAGGGCUGUACCCAACUAGGGCUCGGAGAGGGUCAUACCCGACUAGGUGUUAAAGAGGGAGAGGGCCUAAUCAGAUUAGGGAAUAGCGAGGGAGUGGGCCGUACCCGACUAGGGGCCAGCGAGGGAGAGGGCCGUACCCGACUAGGGGCCAGCGAGGGAGAGGGCCGUACCCGACUAGGGGCCAGCGAGGGAGAGGGCCGUACCCGACUAGGGGCCAGCGAGGGAGAGGGCCGUACCCGACUAGGGGCCAGCGAGGGAGAGGGCCGUACCCGACUAGGGGCCAGCGAGGGAGAGGGCCGUACCCGACUAGGGGCCAGCGAGGGAGAGGGCCGUACCCGACUAGGGUUUAAAGAGGCACAGAGCCGUACCCGACUAGGGUUUAAAGAGGCACAGAGCCGUACCCGACUAGGGGCCAGCGAGGGAGAGGGCCGUACCCGACUAGGGUUUAAAGAGGCAGAGGGCCGUACCCGACUAGGGGCCAGCGAGGGAGAGGGCCGUACCCGACUAGGGGUUAAAGAGGGAGAGGUCCGUACCCGACUAGGGAAUAGUGAGGGAGAGGGUCGUACCCGACGAGGGGCCAGCGAGGGAGAGGCCCGUACCCGACUAGGGGCCAGCGAGGGAGAGGCCCGUACCCGACGAGGGGUUAAAGAGGGAGAGGUCCGUACCCAACUGGGGGCCAGUGAGGGAGAGGGUCGUACCCGACUAGGGGCCAGCGAAGGAGUGGGCCAUACCCGACUAGGGGCCAGCGAGGGAGAGGGCCGUACCCGACUAGGGGGUAGGAGGAGCCUUAGGGAGCCAGGACCAGGCAGCACGUUCCCUGACCCUGGGCAGCCAGAAAACCGAACAGGAAUUGAGGAGAAGCCGGGAACCGAGGUCAAGAAAAUGAGGGACAGGGGGAGUGGAGUGGAGUGCUCUUCUGUUAAAACCAAAAAUAGACUCAAAUUCAGGAAAAGUGAGAAAGCAGCCAAUAUGGUUCGAGUUACUGAUCAUGUGACCAGUGCUACGAUUAAGGUUAGUGAUCGUGUGACAAGUGCUAGGGUUAAGGUUAGUAAUCAUGUGACCAGUACUACAGUUAAGGUUACUGAGGUGACUGAUGCUAUAGCUAAGGUUAGUGAUCAUGUGACUGAGGCCAGGGCUAAGGUUAGUAAUCAUGUGACUGAUGCCAUAGCUAAGGUUAGUGAUCAUGUGACUGAGGCCAGGGCUAAGGUUAGUGAUCAUGUGACUGAUGCUAGGGUUAAGGUCAGUGAUCAUGUGACUGAUGCUAGGGUUAAGGCUAUUGAUCAUGUGACUGGAGGUAAACCAACCAACAGAAUGAGUGAAGCUAGAGUUAGGUUAACACGGGUCAAGGUUCAUAAUGUGAGCGAUGCCAGGGUGAGGUUAACAAGGGUGAAGGUCAGUGACCAUCUGACUGAAGUGAAGGAUAGGAAGGAGAGGCCCAGCAGCAAAGAUGACAGCCAGUCAGCCCCCGGAGACACUCCUGUCUCCAUGACAACCAAACCCAACGGCUGGCUGUCCAGUGGUCCCACUGUCAGCCAUCUUAAAAACUGGGGUAAGUUCCGAAUACCCAAGAGAAAAGAGAGCCAUAAGGAGGAGUCCUCUCACCCGUACGGCCCGCCCCGCAAGCCCCCUAACGCCCCGAACCGCAGGCCACUGCACAAGACUCCACCCAACACCAGUGAGCCAUCUUAUCCCAGAACACGACUCCGCACCGGGACAGAGACUGAUGGGUACAUUUCCCCUAAGUCUAAAGCUCUGCCCACUGGGCCAGGCAUGGAGGUGUGUCUGAAGAGAUGCCACACCCACAAGCUGAGUGACGGGGCCUACGGCUCUGACAUCAUCCACCAGGGGGUUCUAGCCUCCUGAUGGCAUCGUAAUGGUGUCAUCCUCAGAUACCCACUUGAAACCAGCGGCACCAUGUUUAUAGAGAACUAAGCUAGUCGUUGGUUGCUUUUUGUAUUUUAUUUUUUCAUAAUCAAUGAGAUGCCUAAAUUUAUAGAACUGAUAUCUUAUUUAUUUUUUAUUUGAUUUGUAAAGUUGUAUAUAUUUCCAAUUCUGUUGAACAACUUUUUGUUCUGUUCCUAAGGUGUUAUUUUUCAGUGAAUGAGAAUGUAUUAUGACCACUAUCUCUAGAGAUGCUGGAAGCCUCAACAAAAUCACUCCUGAUUGGUUGUUGUUGCAGCAUAAGCCAUGAAUUAAAUUUGUUGUUUGGAUAUUA